CAAGAAUGCCAAUGGCGACGACGGGUAGAUAGUGAUUCAUAUCUUGCCGGUACUAACUCAACUGUCCUUCAAGUUAAUCAGAUGGGAGACACCGACGCACGCUGCCUUUGUUCGGGGCUUUAGUCUCCUGAUAUUCAGUGACGUCUCUCUCUCGGUGUUUCCGGUGCGGCCGGUCCAUCCAGUCUGUCCUCAUUCAUUCCUCACACAUCAUCUGGAUUUGCUGACGGCGCUUUCUGCAAGUUGAACUUUGCUAUUACUUAUUUGCCCAGAUAACAUCAGUGUCCAAAGAUGACUUCUGCCUGGCAAAGCCUCUUAUCUGUGCACCAGAGGAUAGUGGACUAUGGAGACAAGAGGACGGACCCGUGGCUGCUGGUCUACUCCCCCGUCCCGAUCUCACUCAUCUUCCUGGUGUACCUGUUUGUGGUCUGGGCCGGGCCUCGUCUGAUGAAACACAGAGAACCGUUUGACCUCAAAGUGGUUCUCAUAGUUUACAACUUCGCCAUGGUCGGCCUGUCGGCCUACAUGUUCCAUGAGUUCCUGGUCACAUCCUGGCUCUCGAACUACAGCUACCUCUGUCAGCCUGUAGAUUACAGCACCAGCCCUCUGGCAGUGAGGAUGGCCAGAGCCUGCUGGUGGUUCUUCUUCUCCAAGGUCAUAGAGCUCUGUGACACGAUAUUCUUCAUCCUGAGGAAGAAGAACAGCCAGCUGACUUUCCUUCACAUUUACCACCACGGCACCAUGAUCUUCAACUGGUGGGCGGGAGUCAAGUAUUUGGCCGGAGGACAGUCGUUUUUCAUCGGCCUGGUCAACACCUUCGUCCACAUUGUGAUGUAUUCUUACUACGGCCUGGCUGCCAUCGGCCCUCACAUGCAGAAGUACUUGUGGUGGAAGAGAUACCUCACCUCUCUGCAGCUGGUGCAGUUCCUGCUGUUCCUCCUGCACACCGGCUACAACCUGUUCACAGAGUGCGACUUCCCCGACUCCAUGAACGUGGUGGUGUUUGGUUACUGCGUCACCCUCAUCGUCCUCUUCAGCAACUUCUAUUAUCAGAGCUACCUCAACAAGAAGAAGCAGAAAUAAGAUGCAGUGGUUUGGAAAAGGCAGAAGAACAUCAGUACAAAGAAUAACAAGAAUCAAUAAACCUAAAAAAACCCAGACUGAGUGCAGCUAGCAGCGGCAGCAGACAGCUCUCCCUCAGCACCUUCUUCAACUCAGUUAAACAGGAAUCUUGAUGGUAUUGUGUUUGAAACUCCUUCAUCACAUGCACAUGUGCCUUAUUGUCAAAGCAUCAGCCCUAUGUCGCCAGUUUAAGGCAUUAUUGUGGUAUUAAGGUCCCAUCACUGGGAAUUAAAAUACGAAAUACUAUCAAAUUAUUGUAAUAAUACAUUCAUAUUAAUAUUUUUAUUUUUUUUAAUUGCAUUGAUGUUCCUUAGGACCUUUUUUCUGAAUAAGAGUGUAGUUUUCUUUGUAAUGACCUCAUUGAACAUAAUGGUUCAAUCACUACAUUGCCAGUAGUCUAGACGUAAGAUAACUGUACUUAUUAUUAACUGUGCUUAUUAACACAAUUAAAAUGUAAUGUUAGUGGACAAAAAGUCCAGAGAGUGUAACUUUUCAUAAUAAAGCCUAGGCUCAAGAAAAACACCGGGUUUCAUGCCAGCUAAUUGAGAUGUUUUUAUCCUGAUGUUUAUGAUGGAGAUUUGUUUAUCAUAAGAACAGAGGCUCAUUUAACUUAAUUAUU